AUGCUCAGUACUGAAGACCUUGUAUGCGUAGAAAGAUCAGACAUAAUGCUUGAUGGAGUUGUUGGAUGUGCUAGCCAAAGUAGGGCCGCCGCUGAUGGUGGAGAUCAUGUUGAUCUGGCGCUGGUGGGGGCUUGGGAGAGGUGGAAGUGCGAUGCAGGAUUCUGUAUCAUGGUCGUUGAAUUGGUGAAAAUGGCAUAA